AUGUCUCCUACUCGCAUCGUUCUGGCCUUUGAUGUCUACGGCACUCUACUGUCCACGGAUUCCAUUGCGAAGAGACUCGCAUCGUAUUGUGGAGAGGAGAAGGCGAAGAUUAUCGCAACGACAUGGAGGAAGUACCAACUCGAAUACACGUGGCGCCUUAACAGUAUGGGCCUCUACGUUGGCUUCGACGUCGCCACACGCAGAUCCAUGCGGCACGCUUGUCUCGAAUCCGGCGUCCAACUAACCGACGCCCAAGAAGAAGACAUGAUGCGCGCCUACGACGCCCUGUCCGCCUUCCCGGACGUCCAGCCCGCGCUCAAGCGCCUGCAAACCCUUCCCCAAGAGCGCGUCAAAGCCUUCGCCUUCUCCAACGGGACAUACGAAAUGAUCGCCAGCAGCAUGCGCAACGCCGCCGACCUGGCGCCGCACACGGAAACCCUACUGGAAAUCUGCUCCGUGGACGAGGUGCGGAAGUUCAAACCGGCGCCCGAGCCGUAUUACCGGCUGGCGCAGAAGGUGGACAAGCGCGCGGAGCAUGCAAAGGAGAUGAGCGAGAUGUGGCUUGUGUCGAGUAAUCCGUUUGAUGUGGCGGGCGCGAGGGCGGUGGGGUGGAGUGCUAUUUGGGUGGAUCGCGCGGGCACCGGGUGGCAGGAUAGUUUGAUGCCGAGGGCGAGGGAUCAGCCGAAUGAGAUUGUCAGGAGUUUGGAGGAGGUGGUGGAUGUGGUGGAGAGGUUGUGCGGUUGA